CAUCACUGCCUCCUAUCUCUUCCUAUCUAUCUGUCUCUCUCUUUCUCUUUCUCUCUCUCUUUCUAUUUCUCAUUCUCAUUCUCUCUCUCUCUAUGCCCUCUCCUCAUCACAAACACACAUACACACUCUUCCGCUUUCUCUUGAGUAUGUCUGUUUUUGUUUACUAAAGAUUGCUAUCAUUCAUUCUUCCUUUUUCCCUUAGCUUUCUCUCUCUCUGUACAAUCUUCUUCCUUCUCUUAUUGUUAUUAUUCUUUCUUUUUUGUUGGUUCUUUCAAAAGCACAAAGGUUUGUUCCCAGAUAGCAAGAGUUAGCUUUCCAGAUUCUUUCCCGGGGAAAGCCUAAAAACAGGAAAGCAAAAUAAUUCAUUUCAUUCUAUGUCUUCAACCAACUCUCUCUCAGGAACAAAACAAAAGGAUUCUUGCACAGUUUCUUGCCUGUGAAUAUUGCACUUUAAUUGUUUUGUCUCAAAAUCUGAUUUUAAUAAAGGAAAAGAACUUCUCUCUCUCUCUCUCUCUCUCUCUCCCUCUCACACACACUCUAUACUUAUCUCUAUAUCUCUCUUAUAUAGUCUUUAACCAUCAAGCUAUAUACCCCUUCUCAAGAAGAUGCCCUUGGAAGGGAUUUUCAUUGAACCUACUUCAACUUCUACACCUGAUCUUUCCCUUCACAUAAGUCCACCUAGCACUUCCUCUUCUUCUUCUUUGAUUUGCAACAACGGCACAUCUGCUGGUGCCACCAAUUAUGAGGCUCGCAAUUCAACCGGCACAAAUUUCCCUUCUCAAGCUCACACUGAGCUUUCUUUGGGAAGGAAUUUCAGUGGUGGAGGAAGAGGGGGUAUUGAAGAACCACCACCACACAACACCAACAGCAGCAUCAACCCUUAUUAUCAGACCCAACAGCCUCGUUUCCAUCAUCUUCACCACCAUUCUAACACUGGGAAUGUUUCAAAAGCAGCAACAGCGACGAGCACCACAAGUUCCUCCAAUCACUUGAGUCACAUAAAUUAUGGGGUUUCUUUGCUUGAUGUGUCAUCAGAAGGAUUGAGGCCAAUCAAGGGGAUUCCGGUGUAUCACAACCGUUCAUUCCCUUUCUUGCCCAUGGAACAUUCAGGAGACAAGGAUCAUCACGCCAAAAUGUGUUUAUAUCAUCACAUGCCUACAUAUCCCUCUUUGUCCUCUUCUUGUUCUCCUCUGUGUUCUUCUUCUUCUUCUUUUACUUCUUCUCCUGCACCCUACUUUGCCGCAGCGGCAGGUGCUCCGGAUCCCAUGUCCUAUUUGAGCUCAGGUGGGUCCACCGUUGCGGCGGCCGCGGCUUAUAGGGCUGCCACGGCCACAAGGUUUAAUGGAAUUUCUGGAGAGGCCUUCAAAACUCAUCAUCCAUUGCACCACCAUCACUCAUCGUCACACUACGGGGUUGGACUCGGAGGGUCUCAUGAGGCCUCUUCGGGGUUGAUGAGAUCAAGGUUUUUGCCCAAGUUGCCAACAAAGAGAAGCAUGAGAGCACCGAGAAUGCGGUGGACAAGUACACUACACGCUCGAUUCGUCCAUGCUGUGGAGCUUCUUGGUGGCCAUGAAAGAGCUACACCAAAGUCAGUUCUAGAGCUCAUGGAUGUGAAGGAUCUCACAUUAGCUCAUGUCAAAAGCCAUUUGCAGAUGUAUCGAACUGUAAAGACCACUGACAAGCCUGCUGCUUCUUCAGGCCUUUCAGAUGGAUCAGGAGAAGAUGACAUGUCUCCAAUGGGAAGCAGCGGUGGUAUGCGUCAAUUUUCAGACCAAAGAAGCCUUUCAGAUCGACCGGUGCAACAAGACAUGGAUUACUCUUCGGCCAAUACUCUAUGGAGUAACUCUUCAAGCAAUAGAGAACCAUGGCAACAAAACAGUUCUAACGACAUUAAUGGUUUCCGACCACCGAUCUUCCAGUCACAACAGAUAUCAGGAGGACAUCAAAUUCAGGAUUGUGAUUCAACCCAACUGAAGAACAGCUUGUCAGGAUCAGCAAAUUUAGAAUGCAAGAACCCAAGCUUGGAGUUCACGUUAGGGAGACCAGAUUGGAAUGGCAAAGGACAAGCCUAAUUUUCAUUGGUUUAAUUCUCUUAUUGUAGCUAGCUAGUGUGCUUCUUUAGUUUAAUCACAACCCUCGUUAACAGUGAUAACAUCAUCAUCUUUCCUGAAAUGUAGAGAGGUGGUACUAUAAUAUAUAUUCAAGCAGAAGAAGAAAAAGCCCUAUAUAGAAUUCUACUAAGUUCAUUUUGGAAGUUUCCUGGUUCAUGAACAAUUUUGUUUAACCUUUCUUGUAUUUAUACUUUAUUUAUUGGUGAGGAGGAGACACACCAACAAACUUAUGUAGCUGCAAAUGCAGAACAACAGUCAAGAAAACAUAGAGAGGAAGGGGAAGAAAUACAAAAUCUCAUCGUAUUCUCCUGUUCUUUUUCUCUUGCUCUA